GUUUGUGAAAUUGACAAGAUGUCUAACCACAACCGCAGGCACCACGGCACUUUCAGACCCUUGUAUCUGACUGUUUGUGAUUGAGUUUAGAUUGGGUGUAUGAUAUCGUAUAAACUUGUUGUUAUCGUUGUUGAAUAACCUCUAGCUUUAAAUUAAAAUUUGGUUAUGUUAAAUUGUAGUCCUUGUAAAAGUAUUACGUUUAUUUUUAUACAAUACAUUUUUAUAGUUUAAAACAUGGACUAUCACUAUGAACAGACGAGUGAAAUAGAGGCUUUAGAUUCGAUAUACUAUGGAGACAUGCAAAUUUUACAGACAGAACCUAUGCAUAAGUUUAGCAUACCCAUUAAAUCGGAAGGUUAUGACGACGGUGAAGGGUUGGCAUGCCAGUUGGUAUUUACAUACACCCCAAAGUAUCCUGAAGAAUUGCCUAUAGUUGAGAUAAAUACCGACGAAAGUUUCGAUGAACUUGUGGAUAAAAAUGAGCUCUACAAACAUUUAAUGGAACAAGCACAGGAAAAUCUAGACAUGGUAAUGGUUUUCACAUUGGUGUCGGCUGGACAAGAGUGGCUCAAUGAGAAAUGGGAUAGCAUUAAAAAAGACAGAGAAGAAAAGAGUCUUGCUAAAAAAAAGGCAGAUGAAGAAGCUGAAAUGAAAAGGUUCGAGGGAACAAGAGUGACUGUAGAAUCCUUCCUUGCAUGGAGAAAGCAGUUUGAAAUAGAUAUGGGAAUUCCUGCAAAGAGAGAAAAGGAAGGUAAAGACAAGACUAAAUUAACAGGGAAAGAGUUGUUCUUAAGAGACACAACACUCAAUGAAUCUGAUCUCAAAUUUCUCGAUGAUGGUGACGCAGUUAAAGUUGAUGAAUCACUAUUCCAAGAUCUGGAUGAUUUGGAGCUGUCAGACGAUGAUGAAGAUGAUGAAGACUACGUCCCAGGACAGAGCAGCGACAGUGAUUAACAAAAAAUCCUGCGCUUAACUUAGCGCCAGAAUUCCUAGCAUGGCCCUAAAAUAUUGUGUGCUUUAUUUUGGGAUAUGUCACAAAACUGCUAAAUAACUGAUAAAUAUGUACUUGUACCUAAUGUAACAUGUACAAAAACAUAAACCCAAAAUAUAAUAAAUUAGUUACAGUUAG